AUGCCUGGUCUGCUGAACCAGAUCACAGGGGCAGCCCUGCCCCUCACCGCCUCUGACGUCACGUCCUUCGUCAGUGGUUACGCCCUGGGGCUGACUGCCUCCCUCACCUAUGGCAACCUGGAAGCCCAGCCCUUCCAGGGCCUCUUCGUGUACCCACUGGAUGAAUAUACCACGGUGGUUGGCUUUGAGGCGGUCAUUGCUGACCGUGUCGUGACAGUGCAGAUCAAGGACAAAGCCAAGAUGGACAGCGCCCACUUUGAGGGCACCCGCCUCCGAGCCACAACUCUCACAGGGAACACUCUGCAAGACGGGGUUUCUGUCAUCCCUCCUUCCUGCACACCAGGGAAGGUGGCUUUGGAUGAGGAUUUGGAGCGGAUCCUCUUCGUGGUCAACCUGGGGACCAUUGCCCCUAUGGAGAACGUCACCAUCUUUGUCAGCACCUCCUCGGAGCUGCCGACGCUGCCCAGCGGGGCUGUGCGGGUCCUGCUGCCUUCUGUCUGCGCCCCGACCGUGCCUCAGUUCUGCACCGAGAGCAUCGGCCCCUCCAGCCAGCAGGCCCAAAGCAAAGACAAGCAUUGCUUUGGCACCCGCGCCCUGGACCCCUGGAGCAAGUUGUGCUUGGCGACUCUCCUGGACACCGAUGUGUCCAACCCCAUGGAAUACGAGUUCAGCUUCCAGCUGGAGAUUCGUGGGCCUUGCCUGCUCGCAGGGGUGGAGAGUCCCACCCACGAGAUCCGGGCCGACGCCGCCCCGUCUGCGCGAUCGGCCAAGAGCAUCAUUAUCACCUUGGCCAACAGGCAUACCUUCGACCGGCCCGUGGAGAUCCUCAUCCACCCCAGUGAGCCCCACAUGCCACACGUCCUGAUGGAGAAAGGGGACAUGACCCUGGGAGAGUUUGAGCAGUACUUGAAAGGAAGAACGGAGUUCAUUAAAGGGAUGAAGAAGGACAGCAGGGCAGAGAGACAGACAGAAAUCAUCCGGAAACGCCUCCACAAGGACAUUCCCCACCAUUCUGUCAUCAUGCUCAACUUCUGCCCUGACCUCCAGUCAGUCCAGCCGAACCUGAGAAAGACCCAUGGCGAGUUUAUCUUCCUCAUUGACCGGAGUGGCAGCAUGAGUGGGACCAACAUCCACCGCGUCAAGGAUGCCAUGCUGGUGGCUCUAAAGAGCCUCAUGCCAGCCUGCCUCUUCAAUGUCAUUGGGUUUGGAUCCACAUUUAAGACCCUCUUCCCUUCCAGUCAGACCUACAGUGAGGAGAGCGUGGCCAUGGCCUGUGAUAACAUCCAGACAAUGCGUGCUGACAUGGGUGGCACGAACAUUCUUUCCCCGCUCAAGUGGAUCAUCCGGCAGCCAGUGCGCCGAGGCCACCCACGGCUUCUCUUCCUGAUCACAGAUGGUGCCGUCAACAACACCGGCAAGGUGCUAGAACUGCUGCGAAACCAUGCCUUCUCCACCAGGUGCUACAGCUUUGGAAUUGGACCCAACGUCUGCCACAGACUGGUGAGAGGGUUGGCAACUGUGUCCAAGGGCAGUGCUGAGUUCCUGGUGGAGGGAGAACGGCUCCAACCCAAGAUGAUCAAAUCCCUGAAGAAGGCCAUGGCCCCAGUCCUGAGUGAUGUAACUGUGGAGUGGGUCUUCCCCGAGACCACCGAGGUCCUGAUCUCGCCUGUGAGCACCAGCUCCCUCUUCCCCGGAGAGCGGCUGGUGGGAUAUGGCAUUGUGUGUGAUGCCUCCUUAUACAUCUCCCAUCCCAGAUCUGCCAUGGGCAUGUGGUCAUGGUGA